AUGGGUAUUGAAGAGCAGAAAGAGGAGCGAGAGGUGCUCGAAUCCAUCUUCCCAGACGAAAUCACAGAUGUCUCAGAGACGGAAUAUCGAGUUUCUAUCAUCCUUGACGCUGGCGGCGACGAAGAAGAGCCCGAAGCUCCAGCAACAAUAAUCCUCAAUGUCCAGUACCCCGAAGCCUACCCCGACGAAGCUCCCCGACUUGACGUUAGCGCCCCGCCCAAUGCCCCAAAAUACCCCUUCCUCGACAUUCAAGAAGACAAGGCACAGCUGCUUUCCUCCCUACAUGACACAAUUGAAGAAAACAUCGGCAUGGCCAUGGUCUUCACGUUAGUCAGCACCCUCAAAGACCUAGUCGAGCUCCUAAUCCAAGACCGCAAGACCGCACAACAAGCUCUCAAAGAAAUCGAGGCACAAAAGAUCGAAGAGGAAGAGAACAAGAAAUUCCAUGGCACGGCUGUGACAAGGGAAAGCUUUUUGGCUUGGAGGGAGAGGUUUCGGAUGGAGUUGCAGGAGGAGGAGCAGCGAAGGAUAGAAGAGAAAGAGGCUGAGGAUAAGAAGAAAAAAUUUAAGGAGGAGAAGAGGUUGACAGGGAAGGAGUUGUGGCAACAGGGCUUGGCGGGCAAAGGUGAAGAGGAUGAGGGAAAGGAUGGUUUGGAGGGGAUGGAGAAGUUGAAGAUUGAGGCUGUCUCAUGA